AUACAAAUUCUAUAGGUAGUUUCGCUUACAUUCCUUACAACAUGUUCAUAAUACAGGCAUGACUAUGAUUAUAUUUAAAGUGCUCAACUUCACAUCCAAAUAUCAAACUCUAAUUAACUACUGUAAUACAUGGACUAAAUGCCUUUCUUAAUAAGCAAAUGAAAUCAACCGGAGGCCUCAUAUGUAUAGAUUAUUAUGCCUGGGCAACCUGAUGCAGACUGGUUAACUAAUCAUCUGAAGCUGAGUCCAACCAGCAUGAAGCAUAAACCAAUUUCGCAAGUCAGAGUGAAAUUAGCAGGAAACAACAAACCAAUCUGCCGAAGCAUAUUGCGUAGCAAGACUGGGUCGAAUUAGCUCGAAAAAAAUCAAAGACGGCCAAGAAUAUAGCAUACUUUCCACUGCGAAUCACAAUGAUCUCACUUCGAUUGUUUGCUUAUAGAUAGCAGCAUAUCUUCCAUUUCAGCCAACAAAAUAACUUUCUUACCUAUUUGAUCAGGGAGAAAAAAACAACAUGGUUAGCAGAAGCUGCAGCAGCAGGAGUGUGUCCUGUCAUCUCGUUUCAACUGUUCUCCUCCUUUUGUUAACUAAAUGCUCAAUAUUACUUGACGCCAACUCUGAUGGUAACAGUUUCAAACCAGCUUGCAUUGAGCUGGAGAGGAAGGCACUACUUAAAUUCAAACAAGUCCUGAAAGUCCCUCUACAUAAGCUAUCUUCCUGGGUUGGAGAAGACUGCUGCAGUUGGCUGGGCGUAGGUUGCAGCAACCAAACCGGCAACGUUGUCAAGCUUGAUCUCAGAUGCGAUGUACAGGGAAUGACACCUUUCACCUGGGCAUGCAUAGGGGGUGAGUUAGAUUCUUCUUUACUUAACUUAACACACUUGAAUUACUUGGAUAUGAGUAGCAACAACUUCAGUGGAACUUCUAUCCCAAGUUUCAUAGGUUCACUGAAAAAGUUGAGGCACCUUGACCUCUCAGACUCAUCUUUUGGCGGAAUGGUCCCUCCUCAUCUUGGGAAUCUGUCAAACUUGGUGCAUCUUUCUCUUGCUUCAGAUGCUUUAUCAGCGGAAACCUCUCUUUGGGUUUCGGAUUUGAACUGGAUCUCUCGUCUCUCUUCCUUGCAAUAUCUCAGCUUGGCAUACGUGAACCUUAGCAAGGCAUCAGCUGAUUGGCUAUCUGAUGUCAAUAAGCUUCCUUCACUGCUAGAGCUGGACUUGACUAAUUCUCAACUUCAUCACCUUCCACAAUAUCUCCCACAUGUAAAUUUUACAUCACUCUCGGUCAUCGAACUCUCAUACAACCACUUCAACUCUUCAUCACCUCAUUGGCUAUUCAAUAUCAGUACCCUUGUCACAGUAAGAAUAGAUGGUUGUAGCCUUACUGGCUCCAUUCCUGAAAGUGCAUGGAAACAAAACCAUUGCAGCUUGCAGACUCUAGACCUAUCAUAUAAUUCUUUAAGUAUGGAUGUACAACCAUUUAUUGCAGCUUUGUCUACAUGCAGCAAUAGUAGCUUAAGAGUGCUAGAUAUCAUGUCAAAUAAUCUCCAUGGAUCAUUGCCUGAAUCUUUGGGAUCCCUAAAAUAUUUGGAAACUUUUAGUUCCGGAAGGAACUCAAUCUCAGGUCUUCUCCCGGCCACAAUAGGAAAUCUGUCAACUCUGCAGGUUCUAAACCUAGACUUUAACAACUUGAUGAAUGGCACCAUCCCUGAAAGUUUGGGACAACUUUCAGGGUUAUACGUAUUGUCACUCUGGGGUGGUUCAUGGGAAGGUGUCUUCACUGAAACUCAUCUCCAGAAUCUCUCUAGUUUGAAAUUUUUUUCCCUGUCUUCCACAAACUCUUUGGUUUUCGAUGUCAGUCCUCACUGGACUCCUCCCUUCAAUCUAUUCUCUCUCUCCAUCAGUGACUGCAAACUGAUGAGUCUCUCUUUUCCAGCGUGGCUCAGAAAUCAGAGUGACCUCACCGAAAUAAAUUUCUCGAAUGUUGGAAUUUCGGAUGGAAUACCUGAUUGGUUUUGGACAAAUCCAAAGGGGAAUUUUAUGUGGUCCUUUGUGGAUCUCUCUGAUAAUAAAUUAAGAGGACAACUUCCAAGCUCAGUAAAUUUUUAUCCCGGAGCAUAUGUUGAUUUGGAGAACAACUUCUUGGAGGGUUCUCUUCCACUUUGGCAAAAUGUCAUGGAGCUCAGCUUGGCAAACAACAGAUUUUCAGGACCAAUUCCCACAAGCAUUGGAGAGCAGACGCCAAAUUUGUGGAGCCUAGACCUUUCUAAAAAUAAUCUAAAUGGUAGCAUCCCUGCUUCCUUAGGUAAAGCGAAGAACUUGUAUUGGCUGGAUCUCUCACGUAAUCACCUGUCUGGAACCAUCCCCAGGCUAGUGAUGACUGAAACCAUAGAUUUUUCCUACAACAAUCUAUCCGGUCAUAUUCCACACUUCAUGUGCUCACAAUUAUCUUUAGUGUCCUGGCUGAGAUUAAGCAACAACAAUCUCUCAGGAGAGAUUGACAAGUCCUUUCAAAAUUGCACAAGACUGGUAACACUUGAUCUUGGAGGUAACAAACUAUCAGGGAGCAUUCCAGAAUGGAUUGGAGGAGAUCUGUAUGUACUAAUGCUCGGUAAUAACAGAUUCACCGGAAGUAUACCUCAACAGAUAUGCAACCUCCCUUAUCUUCAUGUUCUAAAUCUUUCUCAAAAUCAUCUCUCGGGAUUCAUCCCUCUAUGCCUUGGCAGUUUGGAACGUAUGAAACAGUUAACCAUCCGGUUUGACGACUCAUACGUACCCUCAGGCACGGACAUACCCCUCCGUGAUCUUGAGCGUGUGGACCUAAAUGUGAAAGGAGUAGCAGGAUAUGAAUAUGGCAGAUCUCUCUUAGAUCUUGUGAACAGCAUAGACCUCUCGAGCAAUAAUUUAGGGGGUGAAAUACCUGAAGAGAUAACGAGUCUUUCCUAUUUGGGUAGCUUGAAUUUAUCGCGGAACCAGUUGACGGGAAGUAUCCCAGCGGGUAUAGGAAAGUUAGGGCAGUUGGAAACUCUUGAUCUCUCAAGUAACCAUCUCCGGGGUUCAAUCCCUCUCAGCAUGACCUCCAUGACUUCACUGAGCAAAUUGAACCUGUCCCACAAUAACUUGUCAGGGCCAAUUCCAUCAGCCAACCAAUUCCAGACCUUCAAUGACCCUGCCAUGUAUGAAGGAAACUCAGGUCUUUGUGGAGCACCGCUGCCAACUCAAUGCUCGGCAUCUGAUCAUGAUGAUCCAGGUUCUACUAAAGAACACGAUGAUGGUUCUGGAGAUAGAGGGUUGUAUAUAAGCAUCACACUGGGAUUCAUUAUAGGAUUUUGGGGUGUUUUUGGCAGCUUGGUGAUCAAGAGGUCCUGGAGACAUGCCUAUUUUUCAUUUUCUUAA